UGUUACCUGCACAGAGCAGGUAACCAUCACACAGGGGAAAGACGUGCACCUGUUCCCGCUCCCAGGGCUGCCUUCCUUACCGGACGAGCUACGGGGCAAGCUCACCAUGGAUCCCAACGAGGCCGGCGGGGCCGAGAAGAAAGGGGAGAAGGUCAUCAAGCGCAGGAACCGACCUGUGUUCCUGCGCUACCUGGAGAGGAGGAAGACGGACAGCAUCGUGACUGACGACACCUGCAAAGGUGACAUCAACCUGGGGACGCUGGUGAGGCGCAGUCAGUCUGACAAGACGGAGUACAGCGCUAAACUUAAAGAAAAAAUGACACCGCACGACUUGUCCAGUCCUGCCUCGCCUGCGCUGGACCCAGAGGAGGUCCGGUCGAGAAAGAUGAAUCGCCGAUCAAAAGUCAUCCAAGAGCUGAUACAGACUGAAAAAGACUUCCAUACUGACCUGGCGCUGUGCAUCCGAGAAGUGUUGCAGCCUCUGAGAAGCAUACAGGUUGUCGAUGUGGAUCAUCUGUUCACCAACAUGGAGACGGUGUGUGAAGUCUCAUCCGCACUCCUAAAUAGACUUCGGGAAGCCCUGUCCGACCCGGAUCCUGAGGCGGUCAUUAUCGGAGAAGUAUUCAUCCAGGAAAAAGCAGCUUUAGAGGAUGUCUAUAAGAUUUACUGCUACCAUCACGAUGAUGCCAACAUGGUGCUGGAAUCCUACGAAAAAGAGGAAGGAAUAAAGCAACAUUUCACGACGUGUUUACGAGCAAUGAAGAAACUCUAUGACCAAAAAGGGAAGCCCCACUUGCUGGACAUGGGUUCGCUUCUCAUCAAGCCAGUCCAGAGGAUCAUGAAAUACCCGCUGCUGCUGGGCGAGCUGUGGCAGGCCACGCCCGAAGAUCACCCCGAUUUCCGGCCGUUGCAAGAAGCCUUCACCGCCGUGAAGAUCAUCAACGUCAACAUCAACGAGUUCAAGCGACGCAAAGACAUAGUAAUGAAGUACAAAAAUUCAGAAGAUGAAGGAACUCUGCGUAAACUUCACAAGCUCAAUAUUCACUCCAUUAGGAAGAAAGGUGAUCGCUUCGCAGGUUAUCUCAAGAUCCUCACUGGAGUUGAACCACAAGUGAGGGACGAAGUGUUCGACAGAGAGGAGAAACUCUUCAGGGGUCUGGAGAAAGCAGUAAGGCAGCUAGUGAAGAAUCUCCAAAGUUACUUGCAGUACACUCAGGAGAUGGUGUCCGUCGCUGUUAACAAAGUCCACGAGAUGGAGAGCAUAAUCAAAGAGUCAAACGGCUCAUCGCACACGAAAAGUCACGACCCCUAUGAGCGCUACAAAGACAACAUGGAGCGUCUGGUCCUCGGCCCACUUUCAUCUCUUCAGGGCAUGUUCACUGCGCCCCAAAAGCUCAUCCAGAAACGUUACGACAAACUGCUAGAUUACUGCAGCCGGCUGGAGCGCUCGUCGUUUUCGUCCUCAUCCUCGUCAUCUACCUCUUCCUCCACCCCGUGCUUGGUAUCCGUAGACCCACCCGGUCCCGCCAGGAGGGACUACGAGGCUCUCAACGCGUUGCUCGUGGAGGAGUUGCAACGGUUCAACAUGGCUGCCUACGCUAUCCUCACUAACUGCGCGGCGUAUAUCGUGACCUUGCUCAGAGGCCUGAUGGAGGAAAUUUUGUUGGCUGCUCCCUCCAUACAGCAACUACCAGCUCCGUUGUCUAACAUCGCUGAGGUGCAGAACAGCAUCAUGGAUGAGCUGAACAAUCUGGUGUUUGUCAAAGAGAAUGCACAGAAACUCAUGGAGCGGAAAGUCAGCUUCGAGAGGCAACGAGACAAAAAAAUAGCGACGCCGGAGGUGGAGCAUCAGACAGAAGAACAACGCGCCCGACUGCUGGCCGAAUAUCCCCCGAGUCGUCUGUACCAGUUGAAGAGGAAGUGCAACGGCUGCCAGAAGGAGGACCUCAGCCUGCUGGAGGGGGAGCUGGUGGCCUUGCUGGAGGACACAGACCCGUUGGGCAGUAGCAGCCGCUGGCUGGUUCACACCGGAGGGAAACAGGGAUACGUGUACUCCACGUUCUUAAAGCAGUACAACCCUCUGAGGGACUCGCAGAGGAAAGGCCAGGCGGCCAAACAGCAGCAACAAGAACAGCAACCGCCCACCAUGACCGACGAAGACUUUGACAACCUGAGCCUUUUUGUAUCGGGCAGUGGAAGCAGCAGCCUGAGGAGCUUCAGUCUCAACACCACCGACAGUAGCUCCAACCUUUCAGGCCUUCAGGGCGAAUUGGACACCGUGGGUGACCUGGAGGUUUCGUUUGACACAGACGCUCAGCAGUACUACGCCGUAUAUGCAUUUGAAGCCCGUUGUGACCAGGAGCUGACGUUGCAGGAGUACCAGCAUGUACGCAUCUUGCAAUUCAAUGACCAGGGCGGUAACAAGGAAUGGUGGCUCGCGGAGGUUGAUGGUCAGCGGGGAUAUGUCCCCGCCAACUACCUUGGUAGGAUGUCCUAUGCAUAAAAAAAAAAAAAAAAAUCCAGACUAUUAUCAUUGUUUCACGGAUCAUUUCAGCUGAAUAUUUGUGCUUUGUGAAAGCAAACUGUGGAUUUUGUCAUAUUGACAAUGUGGACCGAAUGAAGAACAUUUUUAUAUGAGCUGCUGUGCUGCGCACUUUUACAACAGUGUUUAGAAGUAAUAUUUUAUAUGAAUACAUUUUUAAAUGAAGUAAAAAUCGUACGUGAAAUAAUUUAUCAGAGAAAUUGAAUGUGA